UACGGAAUGACAAACUGACCUUAAUAUGGUUAUCUCUUUAUAACUGAUGACCUAUAUUGACGUUUGGACACAGAACCCCAUAACUCUGUCACAAGAAAAUAAGAUGUUGUUACUGGUGUUAUCCAUGGUAUGGCUCAAAGCUAUUGGUUCUCUGUCACAAACGGUCUGCCAGGACGGAUGUUGUGAGACCGAUUCCAGAUGUACGGACUUUGAUUUUAUUAUGACAGCAUGUGUCGACCCUGUCCAAGCAACAACGUGUCCCGUAACCUGUAAAACGUGUCCCCCUCAGACAACAGCAACAACUACUGUAACAACUUCCGGUCCAUGUCACGAUACCAAUCCUCAGUGUUUUGAGUUUAGUUUCAUCAUAUCCGGUUGUUCUGAUCCCGACCAGGCAAAACUUUGUCCACAGAUGUGUGGCUUAUGCUCCCCAACAUCCAGCAGUGAGGUCACAACCGCGUUACCCAUGACAACUGCAGCAGCAACUACGAUGGCAACAACUCAAGCAGCUUUUGUUUGCGAAGACAAGGAUGAUCGGUGCGUUGAUUUUGAAUUUCUUCUUACCGCCUGUCUGGACAGUGAACUAGCUAAAACAUGCCCGAAAAUGUGCAAUGUAUGUCCAGCAUCAACACAACAGCCACAAGAAACAACAACAACAGAAAUAACAACAGUUUUAACAACAACAUCAGCCACCACAACAACAAUUGCAAAACCCUGUCACGACACGGAUCCUCAGUGCUUUGAUUUCAAUUUCAUUAUGACAGGAUGUGCUGACAGCGAGAAAGCUAAACUCUGUCCUCAGAUGUGUGGACUGUGUACAGAAACAACAACAACAAAAACAACACCAACAUCGACAACAACGAUUCCUUUGACAACCACAACAGCAAUAGCAUGCGUAGAUACGGACCCUCGUUGCUUUGAGUUUGACUUUAUCAUUGCAGCAUGCGCCGACCCAAACCAAUCGAGGAUAUGUCCGCGCAUGUGCCAACUUUGUGAUGCUUCUUCAAAAUAAAACUAAGAAUUCUGGUUAUAACUACG